CCAAAGCUAUAUAAAGAUAGUAAAUUACGUAUCUCACAUCUUGGAAAACAUUCGUAAUUCUGUACUUCUUGUUGGCGAAAUUCAUGCUAAUGUUGACUUUUUGAGCUAGUUCUCAAUUGACUCCCAUUCACUCCUUAAAGGAGAGCUCUCCUUGGCCCAGAGGCACCCACAAUGCACCAUGCGGCUCAUUGACAUGGGAUGGGGCAGGUUUUCAAUGAGAGUUUCCCAUCUCCUCAAAAAUAUCUCUGGCUGAGCUAGAGCGAAACAAAAAAUAAAAGUGAAACUACAAUGUUGAAGCCCAGAGGGGGAGAGGACAGAUACAAGAAGAUUUCGGCAACAAAGCUCCUUCAAAAACAGGACUGAAAUCUGGAGUCACUACAAGUAUUUGGGGGAACUGCCUCUAAAAUGAGUCACUCUGUGGGGAGAGAGGAGGGGGCCAUGGCCCCUAAAAUGAGUCCCUCUGGGGAACUAGACAAGGAAGCUGGGAUCCAGCAAGAGAGACCAGACUCACCUGGACCUAGCUGUGUGUCCCUGAAGUGUGACGAGUCAAUGGGUCAUCCAAUAGACUUCAGGAGGGGAGACUAUUCUAUUGGAAAAAGGGUCCAGCAGGAGAGACCAGACUCACCUGUACCCAGUUGUGUGUCUUUGAAGAGUGACAUGUCAAUGGAUCCUCCAUACAACUUCAGAAAGGAACCGUUUUCUACUGAACAAAUGAGCCACAGAGCACAACAGAGAUCAGAGAUUCCCAGUGGUCAGUCUUCCCAGAGUCAUCCAACAGACCUGUCUUGCAUUUUCAAGCUACUUGAACACAAAAUCAUUACCUUUGUGAAGAGUGAGUUGAAGACGUUUCAGAGGAUUCUUAAUCCAGAUCUCCCAGAAUGCUUUGAGAGCCAGAGGGAGGGUGAGGAGAAAGUGGACGCUGAAGAGAAGAAGCAGGAGAAGAGUGCCAAAGAGGGGGCUCUGAAGAUCACACUGCACAUCCUGAGAGGCAUAAACCAGAAGGGACUUGCUAACACACUUGAGAAAAGUUAUUUAGGCGAGCUUGCUGUGUGCCAAAGCAAACUCAAAUCCAAUCUGAAGAGGAGAUACGAAUGUGUUUUUGAGGGGAUAGCAAAGCAAGGAAACCCAACACUUCUCAAUAAGAUCUACACAGAGCUCUACAUCACAGAGGGUGGAAGUGGAGAGGUUAAUAGAGAACAUGAGGUGCGACAGAUUGAGACAGCAUCCAGAAGACAAGUAACACAAGAGAGAUCAAUCAAAUGCAAUGAUAUCUUUGAGCCCUUACCUGAACAAGACAAACCUAUCAGAACUGUGUUGACAAAGGGAAUCGCUGGUGUUGGAAAAACAGUCUCUGCUCAGAAGUUCAUUCUGGACUGGGCUGAAGGAAAAGCCAAUCAGGAUAUCCAGUUGAUAUUUUCACUCCCAUUUCGGGAGCUGAAUGUGAGGAAGGGGAAAACAUACAGCUUGAUUGAACUUCUCAAUCACUUCUUCAUAGAAACAAAAGAGUCAGGAAUCUCAGACUUUGGAAAGUACAAAGUUCUGUUUGUCUUAGAUGGUCUGGAUGAGUGUCGACUUCCUCUAGAUUUCCAAAACAACGAGAGCUUGAGUGAUGUCACAGUGUCAACUUCAGUGGACAUGCUGCUGACAAACCUCAUCAAGGGGAAUCUCCUUCCCUCUGCUCUCCUCUGGAUAACCUCCCGGCCUGCAGCAGCCAAUCGCAUCUCUCCCGAGUGUGUUGACCAGGUGACAGAGAUACGAGGGUUCAAUGACCCACAGAAGGAGGACUACUUUAGGAAGAGAAUCAGUAAUAAGAACCUGGCCAGCAGAAUCAUUUCACACAUUAAGUUGUCAAGGAGCCUUUACAUCAUGUGCCACAUACCAGUCUUCAGUUGGAUUUCAGCAACGGUUCUUGAGAGACUGUUGAGUGAAGCAGAGAGUGGAGAGAUGCCCAAAACUCUAACUCAAAUGUACGAACACUUCCUGAUCUUCAACAUACUGAUAAAAAAACAAAAGUAUCCAGGGGAACCACAGAAAGCUGAAAGAGAUUCACAGAUGAAAAUCGAUAAAGAGAUAAUUUUGAAACUGGGGAAGCUGGCCUUUGAACAGCUGGAAAAAGGCAAUCUGAUCUUCUAUGAGGAAGACCUGGGAGAGUGUGGCAUUGGUGUCAAAGAAGCCUCCGUGUACUCAGGAGUGUGUACACAGAUCUUCAGAGAGGAGUGUGGGCUGUACCAAGACAAGGUGUACUGCUUUGUGCAUCUGAGCAUUCAGGAGUUUCUGGCAGCGUUAUAUGUGUUUCUCACAUUCAUUAACAACAGUGUGAAUCUAAUGGCUGAACAGGAAACCAACACCAGAAAGCAUCAGACAUCGAAAUACACAACUGAAACCAUCCUACACAAGAGUGCAGUCGACAAGGCCUUACAGAGUGAGAAUGGUCACCUGGACCUGUUCCUCCGCUUCCUUCUGGGCCUCUCACUGGAAUCCAACCAGACUCUCCUACGGGGCCUACUGACAAAGACAGAAAGAUGUUCACAGACCAAUGAGGAAACAGUUGAGUACAUCAAGCAAAAGAUCAGGGAGAAUCCUUCUGCAGAGAGAUGUAUCAAUCUUUUCCACUGUCUGAAUGAGCUGAAUGACCAUUCUCUAGUGGAUGAGAUCCAAAGCUACUUGAGCUCAGGAAGUCUAGCUAGAGAAGAACUUUCACCUGCACAGUGGUCAGCUCUAGUCUUUGUGUUGCUGACUUCAGAGGAGGACCUGGAUGUGUUUGAGCUGAAUAAAUAUUCCAGUUCUGAGGAAGGUCUUCUGAGGCUUCUGCCAGUGGUCAAAGCCUCCAGAAGAGCUGUGCUGAAAGGAUGUAACCUCACAGAGAAAUGCUGUGGAGCAUUGGCCUUAGCACUCAGCUCCAACUCAUCAGUCCUGAAAGAGCUCGACCUGAGUGACAAUGACCUGCAGGAUUCAGGAGUGAAGCUGCUCUCUACUGGACUGGAGAGUCCACACUGUAGACUGGAGACACUGAAGUUGUCAUUCUGUGGAGUCACAGAGGAAGGCUGUGCUUCUCUGGCUUCAGCUCUGAAGUCAAACCCCUCACACCUGAGAGAGCUGGACCUGAGCUAUAAUCACCCAGGGGAAUCAGGAGUGGAACUGCUCUCUAGUGGACUGGAGGAUCCACAAACUAAACUGGAGACACUCAGUGUGGACCAUGAUGCAGAGUGCUGGUUAAAAUCUGGCCUGAAGAAAUAUGCCUGUCAGGUCACACUGGACCCAAACACAGCACACAAACAUCUCUUUCUGUCUGAGGGAAACAAGAAGGUGACAUGGGUGGAAGAGGAGCAACCAUAUCCUCAUCACCCAGCGAGAUUUGAUCACUGGUCACAGGUGCUGUGUAGAGAGGGCCUGUCUGGGCGCUGCUACUGGGAGGUAGAGUGGAGUGGGCCUGAGACUCAUGUAGGUUUGACCUAUGGAGGAAUCGGCAGGAAAGGAGAGGGUUAUGAUUGUGGGCUAAGAUACAAUGACAAGUCCUGGAGUCUGCGCUGCUCUGAUAACACUUUUGUUGCCUAUCAUAAUACUAGCAGCACUGCCAUACCUGCUCCCUCCUCCGGCUCCCACAGAGUAGGAGUGUAUCUGGACUGGCCAGCCGGCACAUUGUCCUUCUACAGCGUCUCUUCUGACACCCUGACCCACAUUCACACGUUCCAAAACACAUUCACUGAGCCCCUCUUCCCAGGGUUUAGACUUUGGAAUCAUGACACCUCAGUUGCCCUUGGCUUGCUCAAUAAGAAAUGUGGUGGCCAUGACUGAAGCCAAACAAGUUGUCUUGGGGGUGUGGUUUAAUGUAUGUGUGUACGUCUGUGUUCGCACGUGGCAAGCAUUUGUACAUUCACUCUGCCAAAACAGUACACAGUCACUCGCCCUUCUAGAUAACUUGAAGUAGUCUAACCAGGUCUUGUGUCUUGAAGUCACUUAGGCUAGCAAGUACUAGCCAACUUAUUUCUCCAAUUAGCUUCAGUUGGCCAACUUCUUUCUCCAAUUAGCUUCAGCUGGCUGGUGUGCGACCAUGGCAAAGUUGGUUUGACUUUGGAUAGCCUAUCUCUGGAGCUAGUUAGGGACGUCAAUUUAUUACAUUACGAUUGGGUCACAUGUAGCUGCACUCCGAAUUGAUGAUUACUUGGGUGCUGCCAGCUGUGGGCAGGAUUGAAAUAAACCCAACAUAAGGAAAACUGUUACGGUACCCUUCAUAAUUAUCUCGCAAAUCUCUGUUUUGGACGAAACUGACUUCAUGACAAAUGUUCUUAUUUACACUUUGUAGAAAAUUUUGAAGCUAAAAUAAAUGUUUCUGACUAAUAUUGAUGCCACAUAGGCUGUUUUAUACCAGAGAUGUUGUUUAAUGCCUUAAAUUGCUCUUUAAGCUUAAACUUAUGAUUGUCUUUCCAGUUCAAUAGUCAAUAUACUGUAAUUGUUUUAAUCUCAAUAUCAGAAUUGUUAUGUUUGUUGUUUAAUAAACAUUGUUACACUUCUCA